AUGGCAAAACCCUUGAAAAAGGGAAUUUUGAAAAACAAGCCCUUGCAAAAGGACAAGCCCUUGCCAAAGGGCAAGCCCUUGCCAAAGGGCAAGCCCUUGGGAAAGGGCAAGCCCUUGCCAAAGGGCAAGCCCUUGCCAAAGGGCAAGCCCUUGGGAAAGGGCAAGCAUCUCCCCAGCAGUGGCAGCAAGUCCUUGAAAAAGGGCAAGCCCUUGAAAAAGGGCAAGCUGUGUGCUAAGAACCUCAACAGACUUGGCAACCUUUCUUUGCAAGAGAAGGUUGCUGCAGUUUGUGAGGAGCACACUGAUGAAGAAGAUGCUGCCAAGGCCUUGAAAAAGGCCAUGACUCCUGAGAAAUGGAGCAGCAAGAAGGAGAUGUUGAAAAUAUGGGAAGAAGAUGAGUUUGAAGCUCAUCUGUCCUCAGGCAGGAUCCGCUGGAGAGAGAGUCCCACCACCUGGGGUGUGUGGGAGUACUCAGAUACCCAAGACCUUGAGAAGAACUUCAAGGUCACUAAGGGUAGAACCACUGCCAGGGGUGUGGAAUAUGAUCCUGCUGAGCAGGAGGAGGAAGCCUUUGACAGCCUUUGGCAGGCAGAUGGCCACACUGGGAGAGCCAAAAGAGCCAGGGAUGAAUGCAGCAAGUGCAUCAAUGAACUGGAAGAGACCUUGCAAAAGGCCAAAAGCAGGCUCUCAAAGAUGGCCAAAGAUGAAAUUGAGAAGAAGCUUCAGGCCUUGAAAAAGGUCCAGGACAAGUUGAAAGACUUGCUCCUGAAGAAGCCAGGUCCACCUACCUUGAAAAAGGCAUUGGUGGAAUGUGCCAAUAUGUGCAAGCAAGCCAAGGAGGAGGCCAAGGAGCUGAAGCAGCUUGCCAACAAGGCAGCCAGCAAAGCUUCUAGCAUGCAAAAAGGCACACCUUUGCAAAAAGGUAUAGCAAGCCUUGCAAAAGGCAAAGCCUUGCAAAAGGCAAACCUUUGGAAAAAGGUAGAGGAAAGCCUUGCAAAAGGCAAACCCUUGCCAAGGACACCCUUGCAAAAGGGUCAGCCUCUCACCCCUUGCAACAGGAAACCCUUGCAAAAGGGUUGCUGGCUUGCACAGCCCUUGCAAAAGGGACACCCUUGCAAAAGGGCAGGUCUUACCAAAAGCAGCCUGGCUAGAGCCCUUGCAAAAGGACAAUCCUUGAGAAAGGACUGCUUCCACACCCCUUGCAAAAGGGUUGCAGGGAGAGACCUUGCAAAAGGUCCAGCCAAGUGCUCUUCUGCCUGGGCCUUUGUGAAAAGGCACUUCCUCAGCCAUGAAAAAUGCAAAGAGGCUGAGAGGGUGGAAGAAGGAUAUGGAUCUGGGGCCUUGGUAAGGUCCUUCUGCAACCAGCUGUCAGUGCCUGAGCCUGGCUUGGUCACAUGCAAAUGCUUUGACCCCAAGACCAGCAAAAUCAUUGAUGAGGAUGUUGCGAUUUUCUACCCACACCUCAUGUUCAGUGCAUUGGCUGAGAGUUACCCAGAAGUUUUUCAAAAGCUUUUCAAGCUUCAUGAGCUGCCUGAAUUUUGGGAACAAACCUUGGCAAGGGAUGAUGACAGGCUGGUUAACCAUCCAGCAACCCUUGAAAAAGGGUGGGAGCAAGUCACCAUCCCUCUGUUCACACAUGGUGAUGGAGUGGAAUAUGAAUCCAGGGACAGCUUGAUGGUUUGGAGCUUUGGACCACUCCUCUCCCAAGAACAAUCCCUGGACAGCCACUUGCUCAUGGCAGCUUGGCCCAAGAGUUGCACUUGCAAAGACACAUGGCCACAGCUCUGGAAAGAAUUGGCUUGGUCCUUCAAAGCCCUUGCAAAAGGACAGCACCCAACUCAUGAUGCAGAUGGCAACCCCUUGAAAAAGGGGAGCCCUUUCUGGGCAAAGAAAGGCAAGCCACUGGCAUCAGGCCUUAAGGCCAUUGUGUGGUGCAUUGAAGGAGACCAUGAAUUCUUCAGCAACAGCUUGGGCCUUCCCCAUUGGAGGAAUGCAUCCCCAUGCUGGAAUUGCGAUUGCACUCAAGCUGCUGGAGAGAAGCCAUACAACAAGCUCCAUCCAUGGGAUCAGUUCACAGAGGUGGAUCACUCUUGGGCCCAGGCCUUUCCUAGCAGUGAACACCCCUUGCUAACUGAGGCCCCUGGCAACAGUAGCAGGCUUGUGAGAGGAGAUGCCCUGCAUAUCCUGUUCACAAAAGGUUUGUAUGGGCACCUCCUUGGAUCCAUCCUGCAUUAUUUGUGCUGGUAUGAUGAAGGUGCACACCAGGCAACAAAGCCAGCAGAUAGACUUGGAAUCAUCUUCAAAGAGGUCCAAGCAGUGUACACCGACAAAGAAGUGACAUGCAGGCUCACCAAUUUGGUGCUAAGCAUGUUCACUGAUCCAAAGAAGCCUUGGGCAAACUGGGCCAACCUGAGCUGUAAAGGUGGUGAAGGCAAGCGCCUGGCUCCAUGCCUGCUGGAAGUCUUGAAAAACAUCUUGGAUUUCAGCAAGCCAGAGCACAGCCACAUGCUCAAGUGCUUAGAGCAUGUAUGCCAGGUGGUGGCAAUCUGGGACUCUGCAGGAACAUUUCUCACAAAAGCAGAGUUCAAGAAGUCUUGGCAAUUGGCACAAGAUGCCAUGAAAGAAUACCAGUGGCUGAAUGCAUGGUCGGAAGAUUGUGGAAGGAGAUCGAACACCAAGGCGAGAUUUGAACAAACGAAGAUGUUGAGGUCCAAUGAUGGGGGCCUUCUUCUAUGCUAUGCCCUACGUCGGCUAGCCAAUAACACCCAAGAACCUUUCCGAACAUUAUCUUUGACCGCCAUCGACGCAUCCAUCAAAUGGUGGCACGGCAAACCUGCUCCCAGGGCAUCCGCCUUACGAGCACCUUGGUCCCUUUCUCCCAAUCUUCAAUCACAAUUGAAGAAAUUCCUUCGUCAAUGGCAUCUCCAGAUGCUGGACCACCAAGUUCCUUGCCAUACUCCUUCCUUCAAGACAGUCUUCAUCAAGCAUGCUGCUGUCCUUGACAUACUCUGCAAUCACAAACAGGCAAUUGAGGACUGGCCGACGUCCAAUCCAGCUAUUUGCUGUUGCAAAUCCUGGUCAGACUACAAGAAGGCCGCGCUCAAUCCGUCAGAUCCUCACUGGGUACUAUCCGGUUCCCUACUUCAUUCUCUGCUUCUACCGGAACUGGCCGUAAUUGCAGAAGGCUCCUUGUCUAACAAGGUCUUUCCGUCCAAGAAAGAAUAUUUCAACCAGAUGCGACAGGCCAUCAAGACCUGGACGAAGAAGAAUGGCCUACCUUCCAUGAUAAGGGUCCUUGAGAAAGGACAGCAAUCCUUGCAAAAGGAGUCCUUGGAAAAGGAUAGCAAUCCUUGCAAAAGGAUGGCCAGGGGUGGGCCCAAUCAUAAGGCCAAGGUUUACACUGACCCUUCCUUGCUUCUGCAGGUCUUGGGUCAGAAACCAGAGCUGGUGGCAGACCUUGGCCAGUAUGAAACAGUCAGCAGGGCAGGGGCAGUAGACCCAGCUGGCUUGGUCAAGGUUGCACCCCUUGUGAAAGGGUUGUUGGCUGUUUGCCCCUCAGCCUCUGUUGCUCCAGGACCUUUGAGGCAGGCUUUGCUGUCCAUGCUUACUUCAAUGCCAGAAGUUAACAAGACCAAAUGGAAUGGCAGUACCUGGAGCAACUUGAAGCAAGAUAGGUUGGCCACAAUCUUCUUCCACAUCAGAAAGCUUGCAAGGGACCAAGACCAAAUGAGGCUGUGUGCCAGCAAGCUGAAUGCAAGUUCCUUUCUGCAGUUGCAGGAGCUGGUAAAGAUGGUCAAGCUGCCUGAAGAAGACCAUCAGCCCUUGAAAAAGGGUGAAGAAACCCCCUUGCAAAAGGGUGAGUCCUUGAAAAAGGAUGAGGAUGCAGUUUCUCUGGACUCAUCAGGCAUUCCAAAGAUGUUUCUGACACCAGAGAAACAAGAAGAGAAGCAUCCAAAAGCCAGCUCUGCUUCCCAUGCCAAAUCAUGUAUGAUGAGAAGGGAAGGAUCCUUGCAAAAGGAAAAGGAACUCAUGCCUUGCAAAAGGCAUUGGGGGAAGAAAGCCCUUGAGAAAGGGAAGAAAGCCCUUGAAUAUAUCUGUGAUGAGAUCAUGAAGUCCUUGCAAAAGGACAAGAUUGGCAAAGAGGAAGCCUUGCAAAUGAGACAGGAGAAGGAAGAUGUGGACAUGGAGGAGGAGGAGGAGGAGGAAGAAGAGGAGGAGUGGGAGGAGGAUGAACCUUGGAGAAAUUCCAAGGGAAGGAAGACUGGUGGGGGCACCACCUCUUGGGCUAGGCAAGCCAGAAGAGCUGCCAAGCAAGCCAAGAGGGUGGUGAUGUCCACUGGCAAGCCCCUUGAAAAAGGGGAGGAAGCCCUUGCAAAAGGGAAACCCCUUGAGAAAGGGAACAAGAACAAAGCCCUGGCAAAAGGGACACCCCUUGAGAAAGGGAAAGCCCUUGCAAAAGGGCAAAAUGAAGCCAGGUUCCAGGAGCUGAAGGACAAGCUGACUAAGAGCCUCAAAAAGGGGAAGCUUGGUCCCAGGCUGGAAACUGGCACACCCCUUGAGAAAGGGACAGGUGCAAGCAGCAGCAAUGCUGCACCCCUUGAAAAAGGGAAAAAAAACCUCUUGAAAAAGAGGAGGCAACAGCCCUUGAAAAAGGGCAAUUCCUUGAAAAAGGAAAUGUUGCCAAAAAGGUGGCAGUUCUGGAGUCAAAGACUGCCACCAACAAGCAGGCAAAAUCCCUUGCAAAAGGGAAGGAGACUGCAGCCCUUGAAAAAGGGUCAGAAAAGAAGCAGUCUCCUGAAGCCCAAUCAGAACCUUUGGCUGUGUUGGUUGAUUGGCACCAUUGCCUGA